UAUGUUACUGCGAUCACCAACCUAUACCAGGACCAGAAGGCGCUAGGUAUGAAUAGCCACCCAUCGCUGCGCGAGGACACCGCGCGCGAGUACCUGCGGUCUCUGCAGCGGCGCGAUGCUUAGCAGGAUCGAGCGCAGUACGCCGACAAAGGCAGGGAUACGCUGCUUGAUGGCUACUCUGAGGAGGAGUUUAAGCGUGUCUGCAGAGAGCUCUAGUUACACAGUGCAGAGACCUCGCUAGAGUGCCACCUCCGUACGCUUGUGAAUACCCUGCUAGGCCACUACAUGCUUAGCUGUGGUGGCGACUGCCGCGCGGCCAAGCUGUCAGAUCUAUUCACCUUUAAGUUUAAGGGUGAGGGCCCUACGCGCUGUAUACUGCUUAUAUUCACAACGCGCGCUAGCAAGCAGAAUUAGCAUAGCCAGCUAGAGACAAUCAGCGCUCUACGCAAUAGAAAGCCGCUGCUCUGUAUGCUUAGUAGACUAGCGUUCUACCUGCUCUACUAUAUAGGACCUAGGCAAGGACGCGACUGGGUCGCAAAGGCCUUUAGUUACGCAGGUAUCCUUUUAGCUAAGAAAACUUACCUUAGCUGCAGCGCUAGUGUGAAGCUGGCAGAGCUGAAGGGGGUCAGCGAGGAUUAGAUCUAACGCACUGGCAGGUGGAAUCAGCAUACUUUCCAACAAG